UAGGCGAGGCUGUGUGGUGGUAAGUGGUAAUGGCACUUAUCAAGUGGUCGACUGCCAGGCUGCCAACAUCCGAUACAUCUGCCAGCUGCCACCUGUGUGUCCUGCCAACUAUACUCAGUACAGAGGCACCUGCUACAACCUGACCCCAGUUUCUACAGAUGUAUUGACAGCACAGGGGUCGUGUGAGGCGCAGGGAGCGUCGCUAGCCUACCCCCAGACCACAGUCACCAUCAGUAAUCUGGUCUAUAUGCUCAAUAGUUACAAGCCUUCUCCUCCUCCGACUAGCGCCUUGAUUGGUAUAAACGACGCAUGGGGAAAUGGGUCAGCUGGUGGACUCUAUCCUCUGGACCCUUCACUGAAUGCUUCUGUGUUUCCAAGCCCCUCCGUGUUGCACUGGAGGAUGUUGAACUCGUCCACUUCGCAGAAAUUCACAAAUGUAGCCCGUACUGUAGCGGUCGGCACCAAGGCCUUCUGCCAGCUCUAUGGUCCUGCUGGGUGCUGGAAGCCUCCGCCUUCUCCAACGCUCAACAUGACCAUCAUCUGGGACAACAGCACCUUGCUAAGAGCUACAGUCAAUUAUUCGUGUUUGUUAGGGUACUUCUUAGACAACCAGACUUGGACAACGAACCAGACGUUGACUUGUUAUGGUCUGGUUGGUUCGUGGCUUCCUGGCUCCUGGACGAAGCCGCUACUACACAACUGCACCAGAUACAAAGUGUGCACCAUGCCUCCUCCACCACCCACCUCACCCAACGUCACCAAUACCACUGAUGGGCAGCACGUGUACCUAGGAGGGCAGAUCACCUACAAUUGCCCCCCUAUGAUGGGUCUGAGUGGCGGGAACGCCAGUCAGACUUUCACCUGCGUCAAGAACACCACCAAUACUUUCAACUUCGACCCCCCCAACGCUGCUCCUUGCAACGUAUGCCUCUGGACGCCCAAUAUAACCAACGCCUCCACGAACUGGCUGAACACCUCCACGUACAGGAUAGGAGACAACGUAACGGCCACCUGCAACACGGACCACCUCUUCCACACCGGGUUACCUCAGAAACAAAUCUUCUGUGGCCAGCUGGGCUGGGAUAAUGGCACCUGCUACGAAGCGUGCACAGCGGACUUCCCCACGCCAGGAGCCAACAUGACCAGGGCCAACACCACCAUCCACGACGUUGGUACCACUGUACUCUACUCUUGUCUACCAGACUUCUACCUGCCACCCACUGCUGCGAGGCCAAAUUCCGUGAGCACGAUGAACGUUACCUGCUCAGUGAACCACACCUGGGUGUGGGAAGGUUCACUUACCUGUGUUCAACUGUGUGAGACGGGACCCAUUGAUGCACCUGAACCAGCUACCUCUUCCUGGGACGGUUACUCCAGGACUGUUGGUACAACUGUGACGCUUGCGUGCCCUACCCCGAUGGUGUUCGGUGAUCUGAAUACCUCCAUCCCUCUCACCUGUCAGGAUGAUGGUAAUUGGACGGACGUCAACACAGACAUCCUCAUCUGCAGGCAAAAAUGCCCCAGCACGCCUCCACCUGCUCCAUAUAAUAUGAGUAUGAGUGGUGAGAGUAGCUUGUACUGGGUGGGCAGUAAUGUGACGUACACUUGUCCCUAUGGUCUGGCUUCGCCCACAGGAGGAGACUCUCAGACACUAAUCUGUCUCUCUAACAACUGGACACAGUUCGACCCUCACUUUAAGUGUGUUAAUGCCUGCGUCUCACCACCACCUGCCGAGGAGGAAGGUGUAAUGAGCAACAACACAGGUGUACAGGUGUGGAACACCGUCGUCACCUACACCUGCCCCUACACCUUCCCCACAGGUGAAAACAUUCUUGAUGUCACCUGCCACGAAGGUGAAUGGACUCUCUCUACGCUGCCCAUCUGCGCCUUAAGUGAGUCAUAGGUGACUCCAGGGGAGUCUUAUGUGUCUAACGUACUCUAGGUGACUCCAGGGGAGUCUUACGUGUCUUACGUACUCUAGGUGACUCCAGGGGAGUCUUAUGUGUCGU